AGCCAGUAAUAAAAGUAAACUUCUGUCUCACCUCACCGGCUAACAAGAAGUCAGAAAAGCAGUUUCCUUAGUCAUUCCAGUUCUUACAUUACCAUCAAAACCACCCAACUUCAUGAUGUGUGGUUAUUUAAAUUUCAUCAAACAAAGGGUUGUUCUAAUCUCACAAGAUCAUUCACAUACCCAGGUCAAUACAUAGCUCAGAUCUUACCCAAUAAUCAUGCUGUUGCCAAUCCUUUAGUAUCUAAAGGUUUAUUUAUAAGAGAAAGAAGGAGAGAGAUAAACUGGUUAAGGAAAUUGAAUGAAUACGCUCAGUGCAAAGUUCUUGGAUCAGGUUUGUAGCAGUGAUGAAAUGAACUGCAAGUUUGCAAAAGUCUCCCUGGAAAUGACCCAAACAUGUUGGGGGUUAUCAGUCCCGUUUAGAGCUUCCUUGUUAAAAAUCCAGACCAGAGAAAUGAAGCCGGAAAUGAAGACAAACUGGAGAUAUUUCCAAGGUCUUUUAUCUCUUCUCCCAUGUGGAUGGAAUGUCAUUGUCCCAAAACAGAGCCCCCAGCACAGUAUGUGGAAAAGUACAGGCACAAGAUGGAGGCCAGGGUCACAUGAGCAAGUCACAUGCUCAUGCAUGCUUUGGUGACUCUCAGGAGUAGCUAUUGCCCAAAUUCUGUCUAAAGCGUCCGCAGGAAAGCUCACUGUUGGGGGACAAGGUUCUUCUAUGAUGCAAUGGAAAAGUUAAGUUUUCUUUAAAGGUCCAUCAACUUGAAUAGUUUAUUCACAAUGUGUUGACCAGAGUGGAUGUAAAUAAACUACCUUGUAGGUGUUUCUCCAGGAGCAAACCCAUUUGAAAUAUUGGUACGUAAGUCAAUAUUCAUAACUUCAGAUACAAAGAUGAUACAUGUUCAUGCACCGGAUAAUCAUACUCAGCAAUCAUCACUUUUCCAUUGACACCUGCCAUGACAUAUGUUGUACAGGGUUUGUUGCAAUUAUGUAACAGUGGCAAUAUCAGUGAUAUCAAUGGUACAUUUCAAUCAUACACCAUUGACACCAGAUAGCCUUUGCAUGAGCUUCCCUUAAGGUGGGGGAAGGAGUUGAGUGUCCAGUCUCAGGCUCUGGGGUGGGGGUGGAUGCAGCUGGAGUUGGCAUGCUUAGUGGCUGGGUGUGGAGGGGGAAGUCUGAUUCCUUCAGUCGGAGGGCAAAGGCCGAGCAUGGGGCAGAGUAAAGGUGAGUGAGGGACAUGUUCCCAUCCCUCACCGCUCUGGGGAACUGUGAGCCAAGAGCCAGUCUGGGUAGCAGCUCUGUGAGAGUCUGUGGGAGGAGCAAUGGGAGAGAUUAAAUAAGUAUUGAUAUUGGGCCAUCCCGGUUGGGUGAAUGUGGGGUCAUUUGGGACUGGGCGAGUUUAUCAGUGUGUUUAGCCCUCUGACUGGGGUCUGUAGCUAAUGUCUGUACCCCGAAGGGGAAGGGCAGCACCCUGGGAAUCACAGUAGAUACUUGCUCCACAGCGGCUCAGGCGCGGAUACUGUUAAGGAGUCUGCUUCCCAGAAGCACUCAUGGGUUUGUCUCUUUCAGGCCCUGGGUCUAACCACACACUCAGGAAAUGUGCUUCCCGUCGAGUCCUAGUCCCAGCUGUCGUCCUAGCUGCAGUCACAGUUUUUAUGUUGAUCGCCGUCAUCACUAUCGCUGCUCUAGCAGAACUUUUAAGAGUGGAAAAAUCCAAACCACCUGUGGCUGCUCCAGGCCCCCCUGCAGUGCCCUGCUGCCCGGAUGGCUGGAUCGGGUACCGAGGGAAAUGCUACUAUUUCUCAGAGACUGACGGGAACUGGACGUACAGCCAGAGCCAGUGCUCUGCACUCAAUGCCUCCCUGGCUGCGAUUGACAGUGAGCAGGAAAAGGAUUUCCUGCUGCGCUAUAAGGGCUUCCUCGACCGUUGGAUCGGCCUCCAGAGGGAGCCAGGCCAGCCCUGGAGAUGGCCCAAUGGCACCGAAUUCGACAAUCGGUUUCCGAUAAGAGGAGGCGGCGACUGUGUUUUCCUGAGUGAUGAGGAUUGGUUCGGCAGCUCGCGAUGCAGAACAUGGAGACGCUGGAUCUGCAGCAAACCUGAUGCCCGUACAAUGGGGAAGGGAUAGGCUGUGGAGUCAGAACUUUGAGACUCUUAGAAACUAGGCUUGGAAAAGCUGUAUUGGGGAGACACCUUCCACUACCUGUAGAUGAAGGAAGCUGAGUCUUCCUUCCUUACAGACUCUCCCCAGGGCUUCUCUAGUUUUUAUUCACCCGUUGGAAGGAGUAGGGUGGAGCAGAAAAGCUUUUCCAACUCUUAACUUUGAAUGAACCAUUCACUGAACUGAACUUGUUGAAUAAAUUGAAAAGAAGAUGUUCUCUCUACCCCUGCAGAAGAGGCUGCUGUUCUUCAAAAGCUGGUUUAGCACUUCAGCAAACUAUAGUCAGAUCCUCAGUGGUUCAGGAGUCAAAUUAGGGAUCCAUGUGACCCAAAAGAACCACACUCGUGUGACUCCAUUGUUUCAUUUCCUAUUAUAUAUAUGAUAUAUACACCGCCAUGUGUUCUCACAGCAAAUGACCAAGUAUUCUUUUAUUUUAUUGACUGACUAGAUAUUAUUUUAUCAACUACAAUUGGUUAGUAACAUAGUAAAAUCAUCCUAAUUGGUUAAUAACUUAGCUUAGUUAAUAUUUAAAUCGCAGUGUUUUAAUAUCAAGUGCUUCAGGAGACAUAUUAGAGAGCAACAGUGCUCUAGGAUGGUGAUACAGGAAAGGCUGAAGGCGAGGGCAUGGCAGAGGGAUUUACCGACUGAUGUCUCCAUGCUGGAGCCAGAGGGAGCUGAGGGCCAGGGGAACAGUGGCAAGGCUGAUCUGCUAGAGAUGAAAGGUAACAGAACAGGCCGAGUGCUGGAUAUUUCUCAGGUGAGGAUGAACUCCCGGGGGAGAGGCUGCUGGGAAGACUGGGUUUGCACUCCAGCUGGGGUGGCUGACACAGCAGAAGGACAGGAGGGGAUCAGAGAAGAGCCCUGGGGUGGUGAAAGACAUUGAUGGACCAGAUGUCAUGGGAUUUUAAGGACUAUAUGCAUGGGGGGUAAUAAAUGGACUAUGUUUUGG